GGCGGGCCGUACUCAGGAAUGCAAACGUACGUCAACCCCACUGGUACCUUCCGCAUCAAAUGUUGCCUUUCCAUUAUUGAACAUGACCCAUCGGUCUCCCAAACCACAUCAACCCAAGACGACGACCAUCUCACGAAGACUUAAGGACCGUGCCGACCAAAACCUAUCUGUUCAGCCACCAGAAAUUCCACAAAUAAGAGGAGCUCGCUCCCACCGUGCCGCAAACUUGCAAACGCCCCGCCACAAUCCCAUUGAUUAUCAGACGCCCGGGUCGCACCCACUUUCGCUAGCUUGGAAUACUUCACACGUUCUCGAAGACAUUCCACCUGACAGCACCUUCCAUUUAUUGACCUCUGAUCAAGACAGGUCUCCCGACUCGUCUCUUGCGCAAAUAACAUAUCCUGCACACCACGAGUCACUCCAAGACUCAAACUCAGUACCUGCGCAUAGCGUUGGCUCACAGACGCUGCGCACUCCGCCCAGCCAGCCCAGCCGAGCGCCGACCUUUUUCCCAUCGCCAUUAACGUCUGUUUCUGGUAGCCACGACCCCGAGCUACAACUCCCGGUCGACGUCGGGCAGUCGGACGAUUCGUUCUUAGAACUGCGAGAUAUGAGCACCUUGGGCUUCAUGAUGCCAUCUUCGCAGUACGGAAUGGGCCACUACGGCUCUCCACAGACGUCUUACUCGUCGGGCUACCCACCUCUGCAAUCUUACGCAGAACCAAGAUCGUCAGCCUCAAAUCCAUACAGCUCGUCUUAUGCUUCGAGUCCGCUGCCAAAUGAAAGCCAGCAAAGAAGAUCCGAUCAACACACCAUUCUACCGCCUUAUCAGCCUCAGCAUCCCUCUCUUCCGCGUAGCCCCUACCAGCAGCACCAGCCUGUUGAUUCGAUGCGAGGGCAUGCAUCUCCGAUGUCUUCUACGGUCCAUUCCUACUCAUAUUCGGCCCCGCACAAUAGUGUUCCCAGCCAGUCGAUGGGAAGCAAUUCUUACUCGCCUCCACAGCCGUACCCUCCAACUACUUACGGUACUAGCGAAUUUCAUCCACUGCCCACUAUGUACCCUCCAACUUCUACGACACCUGCCGCGUAUCCAUCGUACGAGUCUUCGCAGAGUGGACCGCCGCCUGGUGGUCCAGUACCUCCACUGUCUUCGUCGCCAAGCACGCAAGGCAGUGCAAUGCAGCCACGUGUUGUGAAUUCUAGACCGAAGCCCCAAUGCUGGGAGCACGGGUGUAAUGGACGGCAGUUCUCUACGUUCAGUAACCUUUUACGACAUCAACGAGAGAAGUCAGGGACCGCCUCGAAAAGCUCAUGCCCUAGGUGUGGAGCCGAAUUCACGCGGACUACUGCAAGAAACGGACACAUGGCCCACGAUAAGUGCAAGCCAAGAAGAGCGUCUGAAACGAGUGGGUAGAUGAAUCCUGCAUCUCAUCGCUCGAUCAAUCUAGAACUAUCCAGUUCAAGGACAGCAAAAGAAGGUGCAGCUUGACCUAGGUGUAAUACCCAAGCACAAAAUGUCACAGCCUGGCCAAGGACAUUAGGCUUCGCCUCGAUAUCAUGCAGCAUCGGCACGCCCAGGUAGAAGCAUGCCAGUUGGCGACCAUACCAUUGUGUGCCGCUUCCCAAAUUGGG